CCAAUAAUCCGGUCAGUGAUUUUUUUUCUCUCCUACUCCUGAAACUUUUGCACGGCCCUUGAAAAAUUGAGUGCAAAACUCGUUUCCCUGCAGAAAUCAGCAGGCUCAAAUUUACGGCCGCUUUUCUAGUUAAAGAUUUGCCGAAUCGUAAAUUUUUCCCCGCUCUAUAUAUAAAAGCAGCGGCCCAAUUAUACCGACGGAGGAAAAGAGCCUCUCAGAAGGAAAACUAGUAGCGCUCGAAACAAAAAGUUUUAUAAAUCAGCGAGUCAGAAAACAAUGCUCAUUUUUUCUUUCUCUUUCUCUCUUUUGCCGUUCGACUCAAUUAAGCGCAAACAAGCAAACUCAGGGCGACGAAUGCGAUGACUUAUUUCCUUGCGCAAACAAAGCGGCAACCAGCUGAGUGAAAAAGUGUAUACGUCGUUGCUCAAGCGCUUAAAAUAAUAACGUGUGUAGUGUGUCUCGCCAGCUUUUGUCAGUAUAAAAUGUGUGAUCGCCUGCAAGUAGGCAACGCGCUCGACAGGUUGCCCCCAUUUAAAGUUUCAACUGCUUUUCUUGAAGAGGAGGCACGCAGCUGUGCAAAAUCUCUAUUCUCUCAGUCAGAGUCGUUUUAUGGAAAUAAUGGGGACAUUCACAGCUUUAUUUAGUGAUAAACAUAGAAAAUAAAAUAAUUAAAAAAUAAGCUAUAAUUACAUAAUAAUUUGAGCAGAUACGAAGGCUUUUUUCUAAUUGAGCCUGGCGGAUAUUUUGAAGAAAACUAGGCUUUCCGCUCAAAUAUUGUCAAUGUAAAUUGUACUAAACUAACAAUCACACAGAACCUUCUUUCAAUGCUUUCUUUUUAAUAGCAUAUGAAAUUGGGAAAAAGCUAAUUUCCAUAUUCAAAAUUCUAGAUACAAAUUCUUCUAGAUGAUGUUGAAUAUUUUUUUUUAUUAUAAAUUAAAAGCUAAAUUCAACAACAGAAUUGACGAUUAUCUGCUGUUAAAUGUUCUUGAUUUCAUCUCUCGGAUGAAAGGAGCCGAAAGUUUCAGACGGCGGUUCAGGAGGAUGAUAAAGCACCCAUAAACUUUCUCGCCGCAUCCGUCGGUAGCAUUUACUAGCGGAAUCGAGAAUUUCCUGCGCCCGGCGGCUAUCGUGCGAAAUCUUCGAGUCGACCUCCUUCUUCGGGGAGGAAAGGGAAAAAAGUGGAAAUGGUGUGCGAGACACGUAAUUAAGGGACAUAUCGGCGGCGCAAUAAUCGCGUCGUUUAGGCGCGGGCGGGCGAGGGAGGCUGCGGCGGCGAAUCGCGUGUGUAAUGACAGAGCACUGCGCAGGAGUGGCUUACAUUUGCAAGGAGCUGGCGCACAGCUCGCUCCCGUACUCGCUCGGUCGGCACUCAAAACACUUUACCCGGGAUCACCAGAGCAGUAUUGACUGAAUGCCUGUGCCGUGUGUAGCUUAUUUAUGCAUGCAACAGUUAGUUUUUAAUGAGCGCUUAAUAAUUCCUGCACAUUAGACGCGUGCUCUCGGUGCACCGAUUAACACACAGAGACCAUGGCCAAGAAAGCCAAAAAGGGAGAGGUGGAUCUGGAGGAACUGAAUUUCCAGCUGCCGCGACGGCACCGGACGGAGGAGCUCGCCAAACUGGCGAAUUCGACCAAGUUCACGCGAAAGGAGAUCCAACUCAUCUAUAGGGGAUUCAAACAGGAAUGCCCCACGGGUCUCGUCGACGAGGACAACUUCAAAGCAAUUUUUUCGCAAUUCUUCCCUCAAGGAGACGCAACGCAGUACGCGCAUUACGUUUUCAACACAAUAAAGGGCCAGACAAACGGCAAGAUUGGAUUCGAAGACUUCCUAAACAUUUUAUCUAAAGUGUCGCGAGGCACGACGCAAGAGAAGCUGCAGUGGAUUUUCGGACUGUACGACCUGAACGGAGACGGCCUGAUCACGCAGUCCGAGAUGCUGGACGUCGUCAACUCCAUAUACGACAUGCUGGGCAGGAACACGGAGCCGCAAGUCGAGACGACUUCGGCGAAAGAGCACGUCGAGAAACUCUUCCAUCAAAUUGACACCAACCAAGAUGGAGUGGUGACCAUCGAGGAGCUUGUGAAUUGGUGUCUGCAGGACGAGAAAAUUCUGCACUCACUCGAGCAGCUCGACACCGUCUUGUAGAAAAAAAAGAGAGUACUUUCAGAUUUAAGUAAGAUGUUAAAUUUGAAAUUCGCAUCACUUCCGUAAUAUUCAUAUCACUGAGUGUGAAAACUUUGAAGGCAUUUUCAUGUGAGGCAAAAAAAAAAGAUUUUCGUAUCAAUAAGUAAAUGUCUUUUUUAAUCGCAUUUUGAGGAAAGUAUGUAACGAGGGCACAAUAUGUAUUUGCAUUAAAUUCACUGCAUUCCUAUUUUUAUACUGCGCGCAACUAACUUUUGCAAAAUGAGCUCCAAUUCGGUGUGUAAAUGUAACUUUGUUAUUUAUUUGAUGUUGAGUUAGAAGCGACUCCUAGAUAUGUUUUCAUUUUGGACCAAAUCUCAUCAAAGGCAUCUUAUAUGAUACUCACUGUUCACGUUUUAUUAAUUGACUCUAUUUAAAUGUUAAGCAUGUAUAGCUUGAAAAGUUAUCUCUGUAAAAUAAUGCUGAUUGUAUUUGGGGAAAACGCUGACCAACCGAUAGGAAUUUUUUUUCUGCUAUGAAUUUAUUUAUUUUAUUUCCUAUGAGAUUAUUAGCAUAUUUGCAAACAAAGAUAUAUUUAAAUACAUUUAGUUGAUCCUCAUUGUUUGAAUGAUAAAAGCCAAUGCUGAAAAUUUUGUUUCACACGUAAUUAUAAAUUCUUCAAAAUACUAUUUUAGAAAAAAAAAUAUCAUUAUAACUUGAUGUAAUUUUUCAAAUUUUACAUUAAAAAUAAAAAACUGAGUCAAAGGAAGCUAAUUUUUCACAAAAUUAUUGCCCAAAUUAAAUUUCCUUGUUGGGAGGUUUGCGUUUUCCACCACCACAUUCUGCGUUAUAAAAAUAUCUAGUAAUACUGUAUAAUUCAAUAAUAAAAUUAUACAUAAUAUUAUAUUGUUACAUUGGACCGGAGGGCUCAUGCUGAAAGUCUCUAUUUUCCUGCUGAAAGUUAUUAGUGGCUAAAACAUAUAUAUUAAUAUUUAUACACCAUUUGAAUGUUCUGCCAAUUCCUCUGCUUGCUGACAGAAAUCGCAAAAAGCAAAAUUUUCAGAAUAAAAAGUUGAACGUCCAAUGGUAAAAUAUGCACUUAGCUGGAAUUUUUUUGAUAAUAUUGAGCGCAGUUUGAAAAUAUUUACUGUUAGUUCUCGAAGUAGAGGAAAUUCCAUUUUUGUCAGCCGACUCUUUAAAAUUUAAACGUUAUAGUAUUUGUGUAAUAUCACAAAAUGCAAUCGAAUCUUAAAUUAUAAAAAAAUAAAUAGUUUAGACAAAUAUCCAAAGAUAUAGGCCUAAUGUGAUCGCGAGUUUUGGUGUCACUCACUUGUUUAUUAAUUAUAGAAAUCGCCUAGGUUUUAAAACGAUCAUUUUCGCAAGCCUUUGCAAAGUGACCCUCCUUAUGUCUGAAAACUCACGACUGUUAAAUGUGUUUUUACGAUUAAGAAUCAUUAAUAUUUACCUGCGAACCAAAGCACUCACUUGAUGGGAUCAAUUGUUAGCUUUUCCUCAUUUUUAUUUCCUAAUAUAAUAAAAAUCCUUUAUGGCCUCCCAGUGCAACUUUCGAGAUACUAAUUGCUGGGCUCUGAGCCUUCGCGAGUUCAAAAGUUUUGACGUGUCUGUGCAUUUAUAUUUCAUACACACGCACCCCAAGAAUCCUCAGGCAUUGAUGUUGUCAAGUUCCUCUCUCACUAUAUACUUGGUAUGCCCACGCGCUGAGUGAGUAAAUGUGUUUCGCGUGGAAAAACACCGGAGAGCGCGCGCUAUUUUCGGUGUUGAGAGAAUAUUCGUUUUUACCUCUUUCUCACGCAUCUGCUUAAAUACAAAAGCGAGAGAGAAAAUCAAUUGUUUCCUGCCGAGCACCACGGACUUGCUUCUUUGGGCUUCAAAUAAAAAUAAAAAAAAUUUGCAUGCACACAAUGUGUUUUGUGUAUAGUUGGGUGCUUACCACUCUUUUUUGUUAAGUGAAAAUAAUAAAUUCGUGAAGGUGGAGAAGUAAAAAAUGGACCAGUACAAGCAACACCUCCAUUCCGUUUGGCGCGCACCCCAAUUUUGUAUGUACGCGUGUGUGUCUUUUAUUAUUUACUCUGCUCUCCCAUGACUUGUAAGCUAAUCGAUGAGAGGUGAAUAAAAUGAUGAUAAUAAAGUGAGACAUCUUGGAUAAUGACAUGCACCGCCGUAUUUUUUAAUUUCCUUUUUUAUUGUCAGGUACCUUCGUUAAUUAGUCGCGGCGCUCAUUAUUCUCCUUCUGCUUUCUGCGCU